CCCACUAAAGGCAGGAAAUUUAAAAAUGAUGUAUUUUUUCAAUUUAAAAAACGCAAAAAGUUAUAUAUUACAAUUUUAUUAAAAGAAACAUAUAAAAUCAUAGUAAUUUUUAGUUAUUUAAGGUAUUUUGUUAUAAAACUAAUCACUCGAUGUAACCAAGUUCGAUGUAAUAUUAAUCCAGUACUGCCAACUGAAGUUUCCGCUUCCUUUCCGUCUAAAACCGCAGCCAUGAAAGCCAAGGGAGAGUUGAAGGAAUACGAAGUUAUCGGGCGCAAGCUCCCAACUGAAAAGGAGAAGACCACUCCUUUAUAUAGAAUGAGAAUUUUUGCUCCAGAUCAAAUUGUAGCAAAAUCUCGUUUCUGGUAUUUCUUGCGUCAAUUAAAAAAAUUCAAGAAGACAACCGGUGAAAUUGUUUCAGUGAAACGUGUUCCAGAAAAGACCCCCAUCAAAAUAAAAAACUUUGGCAUUUGGCUCCGUUAUGAUUCUCGUUCAGGUACACACAACAUGUACAGGGAAUACCGUGAUCUUAGUGUAGGAGGAGCUGUAACCAAAUGUUACAGAGAUAUGGGAGCUCGCCAUCGUGCUCGUGCCCAUGCUAUCCAGAUCAUUAAGGUAGAAAAAGUAAAGGCUGGUGAUACAAGAAGACCACAGGUGAAACAAUUUCAUGAUUCUACCAUUCGUUUCCCAUUGCCUAAACGUAUCCAACACAAGUCUAUGAACAGAUUCUCUGUUCGUAAACCAAGAACAUACUUCUUGUAAUAUGUUUAAGUGAAUAAAUUAAAAAUGUUUAUAA